ACGGAGUGGGGAGAGGGGUAGGAGGGGAUCUUCGCUGCAUGAAAUGAUAUCUUUAGGUAGGCGAUAGACGCAGAAUUUUAACUCAUCGGAAAAUCGCUAUUGCCUUAUUCUGUGUUUCUAUGUGCGUGACAUAUGCAUUCCUGUAUGUUGAAUUCCUCUGUUCCGCUAUUGCUGUUGCCUCGCAUUGUGUUUACGGCUUUAUAAUUUAGAAGAAGAAGAAAAAAAAAGAAAUCUGACAAGUCAUAUCAGCUGAUGAAUGUUUAGUACAUAUGACACCUGUUGAAAAUCAAGUAUCUGUUCCUCAGUUCAUCUCUUAUAAUUAAUUACGAUAUGUUAAGAAAGCUUACCUUUGAACUUCUACCGAUUGUUUAUCGCUGCAGACUCGCGAACACGUUGAAGCAUAAUAUCAAACGCGAAUAUAAUGGAAUAUCAUCCUCCACUUUACAUGCCGAAGCAAAUAAUACGUUACAUGUGGACGAACAACUGCAGGAAAUUUUUAAAUUUAAGGACACUAAGAUCAGCAAUUGGAUCAUAGAGAACAAGGCACAUGCACUGUGCAUCAGCUAUACUGAAAGCAAUAAAGAUAAUCGCCAAUGGAUUUUAUGUACGUUAGCUUCACGAUAUGCUGUACAACACAACGAUAUAUGUCAAGUGGCCAAGAAAUUGGUCUGCACUGAGCCUGAAAAUGAACGACAGAUGAUUGUCCAUGAGAGAGCUUUGAAGAAUAUUCUCACUCCUGCUUAUCAUUGGUUAUUCGUUAUUAUAGGAAGAUUACAGCAUGGCGUCAAAUUCUUGGUUGACCUACGAACUGAUGUUCUGCAACUAAUAUCAGAAAUGAAAGAUCCAGAUGAAAGCAUAACAGUACAACAACUAAAUCAUACAUUACGAGAUUUGCUUUUACUCUGGUUUUCCGUGGGUUUCUUACAUAUGGAACGAAUAACCUGGGAAAGUUCAUGCGAUAUAUUGCAGAAAGUCUCUGAUUACGAAGCUAUACAUCCUAUGAGAAAUUGGUUGGACUUGAAACGCAGAGUUGGGCCAUAUAGAAGAUGUUACAUAUUUACACAUCCAUCCAUGCCAAGAGAACCUAUUGUUGUGUUGCAUACAGCAUUAUGUGAUGUUAUACCAGAUAGUGUAAAAGGUAUUGAAGAAGCUGAAACUAGAAUUUUGGGAAGCGCUAAGAAAUAUAUAACUUUUUUAGAGGAAGACAAAUCAAAAAUAAAAGCAGCAAUAUUUUAUUCUAUAGUAUCUACUCAGAAAGGAUUGCAGGGGAUUGAACUCGGUAAUUAUUUGAUAAAAGAAGUAGUCAGCGAGAUCACAACUGAAUUUCCAGCUAUACGACAAUUAUCUAGCUUAUCACCAAUACCAAAUUUUAAGACUUGGUUAUUUGAUAAAUUGAAACAAGACAUGGAAUUUAUAUUUACCACACAAGAAUAUCAAAUUGCAAAAGAUAUUUUGCAAACAAAAAAUUUGAUAUCAACCUUAAAAAAGAUCUUGGACACAUCGCUAUGGACAGGAGACAAGCAAUUGUCAGAAUUUUUAAAAGAACCAUUACUUCGAGCAUGUGCUUGGUACUUGUAUAAAGAAAAAAGACGUAGCUAUGCUUUAAAUACUGUCGCUAAUUUCCAUUUACGCAACGGAGCUGUGAUGUGGCGAAUAAAUUGGAUGGCUGAUCCUUCACCACGCGGAGUGGCAAAUAGUUGCGGCAUAAUGGUUAACUAUAGAUAUUUCUUAGAAGAUUCUGAAAAAAACAGUCGAAAUUACAUUGAACAUUUUACCAUAAAUGCUACAGAAGAUAUAAUUAAUCUUGCGACGCAAGCGGAAAAAUUAAGAAAUUCAUCAUAAUAUGGAUUAUAACGUAUUAUGGAAGAAGACGAAGGCAUGAGAAUAUAAUAAAUAUCGCAAUUGCAAGAGGAAGAAAGUUAUUAUGGUAAGAAAUAAUGACAGUCGAUAAUGGAUUAUGACCGAUAGCGAGGCGAAGAGGUACCUAAUUUAAUGAUUUAAAAAAUUCUUUUUAUUACUCUUCAAAUUUUAUGUUUUUAUUAAAGAUUAUUAAAUUUGUUCAUUUAUACAAUAGCUGAUUCGUUUCCAGCUUAAAGACAGCACAAUGGUCUGCAGACAAGUCUAAAACAGAUAAUAAAAUCUCUAUUAUAACUUUAAGAUUAUCUCUAUUGUAUUUUCUUGCAGAAUAAUCAUAGAGAAACAAUCAGAAAAUUAUAUAAUGGAACGAUAUUGAAAGCUUCGACUUCUUUUCUACUAUUUUUUAUUAAUACUUGAAUCAAAUAUACGCAUGUGUGUGCGUUACAUGUGAUAUGUAUGUAAAAGAAAAGGGAAAUAAAACUGAAUACACACACCUGUA